AAAGGAGACUCGACCUUUGACAAAAAUCCGCUACCGUCACCUGUCUGUAAAAUUCUACUUGAGCUGCUCCCCUCCGUCUCACCGCUGUUCUGAAACUGUUGCAAAAUUUCUCUAAUCGCUUUCUCACAGAGACAGAUACAGUGAGGAGGAGGAGGAAUUCAUGGCAGAGGCUAGAAGCUCCCCCAUUGGUAACCAGCUAGAUAUUCUACAAAUUCUUGUUGAAGCACGACAUAGAUGGCUACGACCUGCGGAAAUUUGUGAAAUUCUUCGCAAUUAUAAGCAAUUCCGUGUUGCUCCUGAACCUCAACAUAGGCCACCGAGUGGUUCACUUUUGCUUUUUGACCGCAAGGCGCUGAGAUACUUCAGAAAAGAUGGGCAUAACUGGAGGAAGAAAAAAGAUGGGAAGACAGUUAAAGAAGCUCAUGAGAAGCUCAAGUCUGGAAGUGUUGAUGUUUUGCAUUGUUAUUAUGCCCAUGGAGAAGGAAAUGAAAAUUUUCAAAGACGGAGUUACUGGAUGCUUGAAGAGGAACUUUCUCAUAUAGUACUUGUCCACUAUCGAGAUGUAAAGGGAAACAGGGCAAAUUUUAAUAAUGUUAAGGAGCAUGAAGAUACUAUUCCAUGUACCCAAGAGAUUGAAGACACUGUACCCCAUUCUGAGAUGGAUACUUCUGUUUCUUCCCAUUUUCAUCAUGAUAAUUAUCAGGUGCCUGCUCAAACUGCAGAUACAAUAAGCAUGAAUAGUGCGCAGGCGUCAGAAUAUGAGGAUGCUGAAUCAGUAUAUAAUCACCAAGCAAGUUCUGGAUUGCACCUUUUUCUUGAGGAACAGCAACCUGCAAGAGAGAAGAUAGAUGCUAGCCUGCGUGACCAUCAUGAUCCUGUGUCAUUGUCAAGUGGUUAUGAAGGGAAGUUGUCAGCAGUUCCUGGGAGGGACUUUUUCUCACUAGCCCAUGCUGAUAAAGCUGAAGACACUGAGGGUGCUAGCUCAACAUUUCAGCUGCAGAAACAUUUCGACCUACCCUGUUGGAAGGACAUAUUAGAAAAUUUUACUCCUGGAAUUGAAUCUGCAUCCUUCCGGCCCCAAUUUUCAUCACAAGGCGAUACUGCUGGAAUCAUUCCUAAACAAGAAGAUGCAAUACCGAAACAGCUUCUUUCCAACAGUUUACCGCUCCAGAAAGAGUGGCAGAAUUUGGAAGACGCUUCUUCACGCCUCUCAAAGUGGGCCAUGGAUCAGAAGUUGCAUCCAAAUUCAACAGCUGAUCUCACUACUAGUUUUCAUGAACAAGAACUUCUCAGUGGUGAUUUAACUAAUACACUUGAGCUUUUUGGAACACAGAAAAGUGGUCAUUCUGUGCAAAAUGAUGUUCAGUUACAAUAUUCCAAUACAGACCAAAGUAUAACCCCAGAAGGAAAAUCCAUAUACUCUUCUACUGUGAAGCAGCUAUCUGAAGAAGGUCUAAAGAAGCUUGAUAGUUUCAGCCGAUGGAUGAGUAAGGAACUUGGUGAUGUAAAUGAGUCCCAUAUGCAGUCCAGUUCUGGGCCCUACUGGGAUGCAGUUGAAAAUGAAAAUGGGAUUGACGAUCCCAAAAUCUCAUCUCGAGUACACUUGGAUACAUAUUUGCUAGGUCCUUCCCUCUCACAGGACCAACUCUUUAGCAUCAUUGAUUUUUCACCCACCUGGGUAUAUGUAGGCUCCAAGAUUAAGGUUCUUAUCACGGGAAGAUUCUUGAAGACUCCAGAAGAAGUAGAAAAUUGUAAAUGGUCAUGUAUGUUUGGGGAAGUUGAAGUUCAAGCAGAGGUUAUAGCUGAUGGUGUUCUCCGUUGUCAGACUCCUUUAAAUAAGGCUGGCAUGGUUCCUUUUUAUGUUACAUGUUCAGAUAGAGUGGCAUGUAGUGAAGUGCGUGAAUUUGAAUACCGACUCAGUCAAGAUGUGAAUAUUAUUGAUAGUUACAGCAGCAGCUCUAGUGUAAUGCGGUUUGGAAAAUUAUUGUCUCUUAACUCUCUUUCUCUUCCAAAAUGCAACACCAGCAAUAUAGUUGAAAAUACUCAAUUAAGCAAUAAAAUUAGUUCACUUCUGAAAGUGCACAAUGAGGAAGAAUGGAAUAAAAUGUUAAAGCUUACUUCGGAAGCUGGAGUUUCCUUGGAGAAAGUAAAGGAGGAACUUCUUCAAAAGCUACUCAAAGACAGGUUACAUGUUUGGCUUUUGCAAAAAGCAGCUGAAGGUGGAAAGGGCCCUAGUGUAUUAGAUGAAGGCGGUCAGGGAGUACUACAUUUGGCCGCUGCUCUGGGCUAUGACUGGGCCCUUGAACCCACAAUAGUUGCAGGUGUAAGUGUCAAUUUCCGGGACAUAAAUGGAUGGACUGCACUUCACUGGGCAGCAUCUUGUGGCAGAGAGCGCACAGUUGCGUCCCUUGUCUUUCUUGGUGCAGCUCCUGGAGCAUUAACAGAUCCAACUCCUAAAUAUCCUACAGCCAGAACACCUGCUGACCUAGCUUCUGCUAAUGGACACAAAGGAAUUGCUGGUUAUCUGGCAGAAUCUGCUUUGAGCGCCCACCUUUUUUCUCUUAAUCUGGAUAAGCAGGAUGGUGAUGUGGCAGGAGUUCCUGAGGCAAAAGCAGGGCAGAUAGUUCCAGAGCAUAGCACAUCUGUAAAUAGUGAUGGAGACUUACCAUAUGGACUUUCCUUAAAGGACUCAUUAGCUGCUGUCUAUAAUGCUACUCAAGCUGCUGCUCGUAUCCACCAAGUCUUCAGGGUACAAUCCUUCCAAAAGAAGCAGUUAAAAGAGUUUGGUGAUGAUAAAUAUGGAAUGCCACAUGAGCAUGCUCUUUCAUUUAUUGCGUCUAAGGCACUCAAGUCUGGACAACAUGAUGAGCCCGUGCAUGCUGCUGCAACAAGGAUUCAAAACAAGUUCCGCAGUUGGAAGGGUAGAAAGGAAUUUUUAAUAAUCCGGCAGCGAAUUGUUAAAAUUCAGGCUCAUGUAAGAGGCCACCAGGUUAGGAAAAACUAUAGAAAGAUAGUAUGGUCUGUGGGGAUUGUGGAGAAAGUUAUCUUGCGUUGGAGACGAAAAGGAAGUGGUUUGCGUGGAUUCAAAUCAGAAGCACUUAUUGGGGGUCCCAGUAUGCAGGAUAGAUCACCAAAGGAGGAUGACUAUGAUUUCUUUAAAGAAGGCAGAAAACAAACAGAAGCAAGAUCACAGAUUGCUCUUGCGAGGGUGAAAUCCAUGCACCAGUAUCCUGAGGCAAGAGAUCAAUAUCGCCGGCUGCUAAAUGUGGUUACUGAGAUUCAGGAAACUAAGUUUUAUCUCUUAAUCGGUUUUGCAGCUAGUGGGUGAUCAAAUUAACAAUUCUGAAGCAACAGCCGAGUUCGACGACUUGAUUGAUGUUGAAGCAUUAUUUGAUGAUGACACUUUCAUGCCUGCAGCUUCCUGAGCCAAUCUAUGGUUCAUUACGUUCUCUUCGGCUAUCCUAAGAUUUAUCUGUAAAUCCCCUUAUUGAUAUAAUAUUAGCUAAAGCAGUUUAGGAAUUGUUUCAAAUGAUAGCAAUUGAAGCCAUAUUGACUUGUUUCUUAACUGUUUGCAGCGUCGUGUAUUAUCAUACCAUACUUCGCUUUGCACCUUGUACCAAUGUCCAAAUUAAUAAUUUAGGCAUUAUUAUGUUAA